GGAUAAACUGAACGCUGACUGCAACAUGACAGCUGGGUUGGAAGCCAAACUGUCUCUUGCAGUUGGUGCACGAGUCAUGCUACGUCGCAACAUUGACACCAAGGCUGGGCUGGUCAAUGGUGCUAUUGGUACAGUGCUGUCAAUAGCAGCCCAGCAUGUGACAGUGCAGUUUGAUAAUGUACCUGCUCCAUGUAAGAUUGAUAAGGUCAGAAGCAGGUUCAUGGUGAUGAAGAAUUUCUAUGUGUAUCGUAGACAAUUCCCUCUCAUUUUAGCCUAUGCAAUUACCAUCCACAAGUGUCAGGGUCUGUCAUUAGACUGUGCCAUAGUAGACCUGUCUGAGGAGGUAUUCAGUGAUGGAAUGGCAUAUGUGGCUCUAUCCAGGGUUAGGUCACUAGAUGGUCUGUUCCUAACAGCCUUUGAUCCCCAGUCCAUCAGUGUUAGUGUGAGUUCCCUGGGGGAAGUAAACCGCCUCAGAAAAACCCAUAGACCUGAUCUUCCUCUGUAUGAUAUACCACACAUCUCUAAAAGAAAGAGGAAGCUCACUGGUGUAGACAAAACUGUUUCCCCAAGUGUAAAAAAGGUCAAGGUGAAUCCCUCAUCUGCAAGGGAUAAUGAGGACUGUGUUAUUACAGGUACAGAAACACCUGCUGCUAGUCCUUUCAAUUUCCACUCUGUAGAUGUACAGUGGCAGCAAAGUGCAUGCCAAGAGCUGGGCCUCCAAUAUUGUACACAAACACCAGUAAGACCAGGAGGACCCGCUGUCCCCCUCACACGUCCAGACAUGCGUAGUGUGAGACGCGUACAGGGAGAUGGUAACUGCCUCUUUCGAGCAUUUUCUUACAUUCUGACAGGGUCUGCAGAUCAGCAUAUUGGUGUACGACAUGCUAUCCUUGACCACAUGACAAAUAAUGCCCAAUAUUUCCUAGGCCACCAUCUCGUAGGCUAUGACAGUAUUCAAAGUUAUAUAGCUUCCACAGGUAUGGACCAAGAUGGCACCUGGGGAACUGACAUUGAGAUGCUGUCUUUGGCACACCUGCUCCAGACCCCUGUCUUCUCAUACAGCCAGCAGCAUGGGCAGUGGCAGCGGUACUCUCCUCAUGAUGUCGACAGACAACUGAUGGAUGACAUUCACCAGAGGUCUAUGUAUCUAUUGCACACAGGAAACCACUUUAAUGUUGUUGGUUCUAUAAGGAAGAGUUUAAAGAAGCCACAUGUGCUCAUAUAGACUAUACAUGGGCUCUCUGAGCAUGUUGGGGAAGGAGAGGGUGGGUCCCUGCAAUUUAUUGAGGUGGCUUCCCCAUUUCAUGUUCUAACCACCCUCCUAAAGUCUCAGACUUCAUGGAGCUGACUGGUUUCAAGUGUAGGGAAACUGCACUGUCUUUACCACAAAGUUUUAGGGGACUGUAACUGCAUCACAAAGUUGGGGUAGCACACUGUUAGAGGUGAAUGUCUGUACACUGACAAUUGUGUUGUAUGCCAACAGUAGUGAGUAAUCCCUCAGGAGACUGGUCUUAGCUCUGACAGAAUAUUAUCCUCCUCCCUUGAGGAGUGCACUCUACAGUCAGUAGCUAUGCCUGUCGGGGUACUACUACAUUGAAGCUACACACUACUCACCUAAACAUCAGUGCACAUAACUAUUGUAUGCAGUAUAUCAGCACCCUUCCUACAUGCACCUUCACAUAGUAUUCUGAACAAGGUGGUUACUAUUUAUAGGCUCCUCUUUUCUUACAACUACAUAUAUAUUAUCUGGUUUUCCCCUGGGAAGCUUUCUACCUCUGCAGGUCUUUAAAGGCUGUGAUCUUCUGUCUAAGGGGCACUGGGUCUCAACCAUAGCUGACCUGUCAGAGGAAGGUACUCAGCUUAUCAGGGGCCUUAGCAGGUGCUGUGCACUUGUCAGACCUGGACCCUACAAGCUUCUACUACACAUCCACUACGCUCUUUGGCCUCCACCUUUGACUUCAGCUGGGUAGACCUCUUCAAAAGAGUGAACUCCUUGCACAACAAAUCAC